UGUAGGUUACGUGGAGUUAGUUAGCCAGCUAGCCCGACAAAAGCUGCACAUACAUAUGUAACGGCGUCCUCAAGCAUAUUUCCGGGGAAACGUUUCUCGUAAGAUUUUAAUUAAAUCCGUUAAAGGAGUUAAUGGAGGUUUCAAGAGUUGAGGCAGCAGACUGUGGCACCAGAAUGAGAUCGUCCUAUCCAGUGUACAAAGCAAGUUCGGCAUUACGAGGACCCUAAAGCAUCUCAUGCUAGUGGAGACAAUCAGUCAAAUCGUCACGUUGUGUACUUUAAACACGCAUACAUACUCUAAACAUUAGAGUGAUGUUUGCGAAGUUGAAGAAGAAGCUUGCAGACGAGGGAGCCACUGCCCCCCGAUCCGGUCGCAUUCCCCGCUCCAUGAGCAAAGAGUCCAUCACUUCUGUUGGGGCAGAUUCAGGGGAUGACUUUAUGUCUGAUGGCAGUAGCUCCAGAGAUGAUCUCUCGUCUCAAAUUCAGCGCAGAAACGAUCAGAUACGAAAGCUGGAGGCUAAACUCUCAGACUACGCUGAGCAGCUUCGGCUAAUGCAGAAGACCAAGGAGAAGCUUGAAAUUGCAUUAGAGAAGUAUCAGGAUUCAUCCAUGCGGAAACUUCAGGACCAGAAUGAAGUCUUCCAGGCUAACAGAGCCAAGAUGGCAGAUGGCAUGGCCUUAGCAUUAGAAAAGAAGGACCAGGAAUGGAUGGACAAGCUUGCAUUGCUAGAGCAGGAGAAGGCGUCACUGGCUGCUCAGCUUGAAGAGAUGACAGAGCAGAGUUUAAGCCUUUUCCAGAAGAGAGAUGACCUGGAUGAACUGGAAGGUUUUCAGCAGCAGGAACUGGCCAAAGUCAAACACAUGGAAUUUCUCCUGCAGUUGUUGAGACGAGAAGAGCAACUGAGUCAGCGGGAGAAAGAACUCAAACUGAGAGGAGAUGAGCUGAACACAGCGAGACUGACCCUGAGCCAGACCCAAGAUAAGCUGUAUGAGCUGGGAGAAGAACUUGAGGAGACGUGGCGGCUCAAUUCACAGAUGCAGGCCCAGAGGGAUGAGCUGAUGAGUGAGAGAGCGGAGGCACAGAGGAGAGUUGUGAGUCUAGAGAGGAGCGAGCAGGAAUUACAGCAUUUGAUGCAGCUGUUGUCAGAUGAUUUCCAAAAGGCACAAAGCAAUGCAAAAGCACUAGAGAAAUCAAUGGAGCAUCUCCAGUCUGAACACAAAACACUGAAACUACAGUAUGAGCAGCACAAGAACAAGACUGCAGCGACAGAGGAGGAGCGAGAGUGUCUAUUGGCUGAUCUGCAAGAGAAAGCUGCCUCAUUAGAGAGGAGACUAGAGGCAGACCUCUCUCAAGAUGAACAUCUGCAUGAACUGCUGAAGGAGAAGUCUUCAUUAGAGCAGAGGUUAGAGGAGGCCAGAGGAGAGCUGCGGGAGGAGAGAACCAAUCACACCACAGCAGUCAGCUCACUAGAGGCCCAGAUCUCUCGGUUGAACACUAACAUCACAGAUUUCCAGACUCUGUUGAAGCACAAAGACAACUCAUCCAAGGCUUACAGAGAGAGGACAGAUGCACAGAUAUCCGAUCUGGAGAAGAGGCUGACUGACAGCUUUGAGAAUAUGAAGAGUUUGGAACAGCAGCUUGCAGACAGUGAAACACAUACAGUACAAAUGCAGGCGGAGUGGGCAGUGGAGAGAGAGAGGCUACAACAACAGGUCUCGACACAGAGACAGAGAGGCCUGGAGAAAACAGCCAAACUAGAGGAAGAACUACUUCUACUACAGAGGGAGAAAGAAACAGAGGUCAACCAACAUCAGGACAUUGUGCGUUUACUAGAAGAAGAAAGGGCCUUGCUGUUGAAGAGCAAAGCUGAAGUUGAGAGCUCUAUAGAAAGACUAACUGUGGAACUGGAGCAGUCCAGAGUGGAGUUGAACAGCAGACAAACUGUGAGUGUUGAAAUUGCCAAAGCUCUGGAGGAAACACGAAAACAAAGGGAGGAGCUUCAACAACAGGUCAGCAAAAUGACAGAGUCUCUUGAGAGGGCGGAACAAGAAGUGAAUCGACUCUCUGAAGCGUUAGGGAUGAAGGAGGAGGAGCUAAAGAGUCUGAAAGAGGAUCUGCAAGUGGCCCGUAGCAGUCUGUCCUCUCUGCAGGCUGAGUGUGAGUCUCGUCAUUUGGAAGCAGAGGAGAGAGAGCGAGAACACAACUCUCAGCUGAUGUCACUUCAGCAGGAAGUCCUCACUAAAACACAACAACUUACCUCUUACCAAUCACGGGUGUGUGAUCUUGAGGGUGAGCUGUUGAGUUUAGAGGCGCAGUCGCAUGCAGACAAGUGUGAGAGUGAACAGAAUGGGACGGUUGCAGUAAGUGAUCUGGACCAGCUGCAGAAAGUCAACAAAGAUCUGGAGCAACAAAUGGCUGAAAAGAACAAGACAAUAAAACAGCUACAGCAGAGGCUUGCAGAACUGAAGAGGACAUUACAGAAAGAGCUGAAGCUGAAACCAGAUCCUGACUCUGAGAAGGAGAGAUUUCAGGCUGGGAGGCAGGAGAGAUCAGUCUCAGAGACACCCAACACAGCCACAACUCCAGCACCAGGACAUUCUCAAAUCCAAGGCCUGCCUCCCAUUACAUCCAACACCAUCGUCACCAAUAGUUCAGACCUCACAGACACACGAGAGAUCAACUUUGAGUACCUCAAACAUGUGGUGCUAAAAUUCAUGUCAUCCCGAGAGGCAGAGGCCUACCAGCUCAUCAGAGCUGUUUCUGUUCUUUUGCAUUUCACACAUGAGGAAGAGGACAUGCUCAAACAGACACUGGAGUACAAGAUGUCAUGGUUUGGUUCCAAGCCCACACCCAAAGGUAUCAUACGACCUUUCAUCUCAGGAACCUCAACAAGUUGGAGCUGAGACACAGAAAUGGGAAGAGAAAGAGGGAAAAGUGUAAAGACAUCAACUGAUGUCUAAAGGGAACAACUAAAGACUCAGCAGUUUCAGUCUCUGCCUCAACGGUUCCUCAUCGUGCCCUUGAAAGAAUGGGAGACUAAAAGAAACUGCUCAACUGUCCAGUUUUCGCCUACAAACAUAAUAAUUUAUGGACCUUUUCUUUUUGAAUGGGGAGUUGAAUCCUUAUAAGUAAUGGUUAAAAGAUGUUUAUCUUCAUCUAUGUAGCAGCUGCUCUGACAACCAGCAUCAGACAUGAAACAUCUUUGUCCAGCUGGUUGAAUCUGCUUUCAGAAUCUGCCACAGCUAUUUCCAGCAUCCUUAAUCUGGAGAACGUCUUGCAACACAAAAGAUUGAUUGUUCUUCUUUCACUUUUUUGUAAUGCAUAACAAAAAAAUGGACUGUGUGAAGUCUUAGUUGGAUGAAUUACAUACACCGCUCCAUUCCAGCGGUACACAAUGAUAAUUUUGCCCUGUGCUUGACAGCAGUUAUGAGUGGGAUAAAAUGACCUAUACUGUCAUGAUUUUGAAUAUGUGGAAAUAUCUUAUUUUAAUCUGCCUUGUGUAUGUGUAAUUUAUAAUUGCAUACAUUCCAUACAAGUAUUUAUAUAUAAAUACCUGUAUAUAAUUAAUGAAAAGGUUUUUAAAUCAGUGGAUAUGUAAGUUAUUGUAUUAUCAUUUUUUCUGUUCAUCAGAUACAUGCAUUCACCUUCAACACUGUUUGCGAAUGUGUGUAUGAAAGAGAUUCUUCACUGUGGGCUUGAAACUGUAAUAUAAAGGCAUUUCUGCACAGAAUGAGGAAACAUGCAUGCAUGCCUUCAUGCUUUGAUUGUACUUUGGAUUUGAGUGUAUACUUAAGAAUUUGAGUACACUUGUAGCCUUAACAUUCAAGACUAAAAUACUAUCAACUGCACUUAUAUUUCCCUGAGAAACAUUUCUUUAGAAAUACCUUUCCUUUUUUACCUGUGAAGACUGAAUUUAGUUUUCAGUCAAAGCCAGUGUUUUGCUGACAGAACAGUCUAAUUUUGUGUGUUUUAACACUUUUCAGACCACAUAAGCAUUAAGAUUAAACACUUUGAAUGACAGAACACAGCAUAUAAUGGUUAAAACAGCUCAAUACAGCCUUGAAUAUCUCUGCAAAUGUUGGAAAUUUAGUCUUUGGGUUUGUUAAGACAGAACCCAAAGAAUGUAUCCUUCAUAUUGUUGUAUGCAACAAGUCCUUACUCUUGAAGCUUGAAUCAUUUGCAAACCCCAGCUUAUCAUUGGGCUUAUUGUAAAAUAACAAAGUUUGUUUUGUUUCUGGUAAUUUGUACACCCUGUAAUUCUGCAGAUAAAGAUUUUCAAAUGACCCUUCUAAAACUCAGAUAAAUGAAUGCCCU